AUGGCCCGCCGAGCCCUCGCCGCCGCCGCGCCCCCGGUUAGCGCUCCAUCACCGCGCGUACUGCGCAGGCGCGGCCGCCGCGGCCGCCUGGGAAAUGUAGUUCCGCGCUGGGCUCGCCCAGAGCCCGCACGUCCAGCACCUGGGGCUCACCGGGCGCUGUUGGUGGUAACAUAUAGAAAACGCAUUGGGGAAACUGAGGCACACAGUUGCAGGAAGUGGAGCCCUCAGCAGCCUGGAACGCCGGACGUCUGCUGUCUGGCCCUGGGUGUCACAUCUGCCUCUGCAGCAGGAGGCGGAGAUUGUGGCAGGAAGUCUGUGAACUGGGAGGGGGAGAGGGGGCCUGAUGGGCCAGGAACGGGGUCCCCAGGCAUGAUGCUUGUCCUCCUGGUGCAGCUCUGGGCCCUGCAAGGAGCCUCAAGCCUGCGCGUGCAGCAGGGGCCCCAGCGGCUGCAGGUGAGGCAGGGCAGUCAGGCGACCCUGGACUGCCACGUGGACCAGGCGCUGGCCUGGGAACGGCUCCGUGUUGUGUGGACCAAGGAUGGGAAUGUCACGUGCCAGCCGUACAUCACCAAUGGUCACCUCAGCCAGGGGCUCUGUGGGCCCCAGGGACGACUCUCCUGGCAGGCACCCAGCCACCUCACCCUGCGGCUGGACCCUGUGAGCCUCAGCCACAGCGGAACCUACGUGUGCAAGGCGAUCAUAGAGAUUCCUGACUUGGAGAAGGCCGAGGGCAAUGGAACUUGGCUCUCGGUGGACCCAGAUGACACCCCACAGAACAGAAACCUGACCCCAAGCUUCCGAGGACUCCUCUUCGUGCCGCUGGGGGUGGGGAGCGUGGGUGUGGCUACAAUGGUGCUAGGCGCCUGGUUCUGGGGCCGCCGCCACUGCCAGCAAAGGGACUCAGGUAACAGCCCAGCACAGAAAGGACACUAA